UGGUGGGAGGAGAGCUAGGCUGGGCUGGCCCGGCCAGGCAGAGCGUGGGGAACAGCUAAGUGGGGCCAAAGGAACACCGUGUGCGGCAGCAAGGAACCUGAAGAGGAACAUGGCACUGCUCCGGGGACUCCUGGUACUCAGCUUGUCCUGUCUGCAAGGUCCCUGCUCCAUGUUCUCCGCUGUGAGCACCAUGGAUCUUCCAAGUCCACAGCUAAUUAAUGAGCAGACCCAGCAGAAGCUGCCCCCACUUGUCCUUCUCAAGUUGGGCAACCAGGAACUUGGUAGUCAGACUACCUUGAAGAGGUUUCCAGAAGACUGUAAGAGUACCCCAACUGCAGAAGAGACCCACAGGCUGGCUCGGGGCAUGAUGGCCUUCACUGCUGAUUUAUUCUCCUUGGUGGCCCAAACAUCCACCAGCCCCAACCUUGUCCUGUCACCCCUGAGUGUGGCCCUGGCACUGUCUCACCUGGCACUAGGUGCUCAGAACCAAACUCUGCAGAGUUUGCAACAGGUAUUACACAUGAACUCAGAGUCCUGCCUCCCCCAUCUACUGAGCCACCUCUGCCGGAACUUGGGCCCUGAGGCAAUCAGACUGGCUGCCAGAAUGUACCUGCAGAAAGAAUUUCCCAUCAAAGAGGAUUUCCUGGAGCAAUCAGAACAACUCUUUGGUGCAAAGCCGGUGAAACUGACUGGAAAGCAGGAGGAAGACUUGGUGAACAUCAACCAAUGGGUGAAGGAAGCCACAGAGGGGAAGAUUGAGGACUUCCUUUCUGAGCUACCAGAUAACACCGUCCUGCUUCUCCUCAAUGCCAUCCACUUUCACGGUUUCUGGAGGAGCAAGUUUGACCCAAGCCUCACCCAGAGAGACUCCUUCCACCUGGAUGAGCAGUUCACAGUGCCAGUGGACAUGAUGCAAGCACAGUCAUACCCUCUGCGCUGGUUCUUGUUGGAGCAGCCUGAGAUACAGGUGGCUCAUUUCCCCUUUAAGAACAACAUGAGCUUUGUGGUCAUGAUGCCCACUUACUUUGAGUGGAAUGUGUCCCAGGUACUGGCUAAUCUGAGCUGGGACACUUUGUACCAGCCCUCACUGCGGGAGAAGCCCACCAAGGUGUGGCUGCCUAAACUGCAUCUGAAACAUCAGCUGGACCUGGUGGCCACCCUCAGCCAGCUGGGCCUGCAGGAGUUGUUUCAGGGCCCAGACCUGCGUGGGAUCUCUGACCAGAGGCUGGUGGUGUCCAGUGUGCAGCAUCAGUCCACCAUGGAGCUCAGUGAGGCUGGUGUAGAGGCGGCUGCAGCCACCAGCACAGCCAUGAAUCGAAUGUCCCUCUCCUCCUUCACUGUGAACCGCCCAUUCAUCUUCUUUGUCAUGGAGGACACCAUAGGUGUGCCCCUUUUUGUGGGCAGUGUGAAGAACCCCAACCCUAGUGCACAGCCCCAGCUCCAGGAGCAGCAAGAUUCUCCUGACAACAGGGACUUCUUCCAGAACCAGAAAGCUGCCUUCCAUGGAGACAAGGCCCUGGGUCCUGACUUGAAACUUGAGGCCCCCUUGGAGGAGGAUUACCCCGAGUUUAACAGCCCCAAGUGAGGAGGGGCCUUGGGCAGCAGCUGCAUCCUGAGUCCCCACCUGGACCAGCCUCUCAAUGCUUGUGACUUUCUAACCAGCUUUGUGGGAUAGGGCGGGGCCUGGAGAGGCAGUCUGGAGGGAGAGAAACUAUUCUAGCAACUCCUGGGGAGGCAGGUGGGUGGGUGCGUGGGGCUGGGAGGAGGCAGCCAUGGAGAAUUCUCAUUUCUUCCAAAGGGAAUCAGAGGGUGUCUUUUGGGGGGCUUGGUGUCAAGGCAGCUGUAGAUACAGCUUUGGCUUGAGGUAGGUUGGGUGAAUCCUUCAUUUAGCUGGGGUACUUCCACUUUUGUAGGCAGCAGCUGGAGAGGCUGCCUUUGGACAUGUCACCAAACACCCUGGUUGGGAAGAGGAGAGACAGGUAUUGGUGCUGACUCAGGAGGCAAAGCCUUGUCCUGACAUCAGACACUGCCUCCUUCCCAGUGUCCUACCCCAUGAGUGGAGGUUAAUCUACCUUGAUUCUUAUGUAGCUUGCUGAAGGCCUCAAGACUCCCACCCAUGUCCCACCACCCAAAUCUCCCCCUGGUCCCUGGAGAUGCCAGCACUGCCACGAUACCCUUCCUUCCUCUCUCUUGUCUUCUUCCUCUGGCAGGAAGUUCAGGGGCUGAGGCAGGGAAGGGCCUCAUUAGCUCUCUAAGGCUCUUUUGUAAAGUUUUUGUAGUGAUUUUUAUGCCACCUGAAUAAAGAAUGAAUGGGCCUGGCUGA